AUGACGGACUCAUCGCCCCGUGCCAAAUCAUCAGGAGCAGCAGAACGCAAAGAUGAAGAACAAAUAGCCCUCGCCAGAACCCUGCACCAAGUGCCCUGGUGCGAACAAUACGAGCGCAUGAUCUCCGGCAUGCUAUACGACGCCUUCGUCCCCGAACUAGCAAAAUCCCGCUUCAAAGCCCGCGCCUGGUGCAACCGGUACAACACCUACUUCCCACCCCCAGAAGCCACGGAACUCCAAUCCCACGAAGCCCUUGCAAACCUACGCAUGACCUGGCUCCGCGAGCUCAUGGGCGCCACAAAGGGCGAUGAAAUCUUCAUCGAACCUCCAUUUCAUGUCGACUACGGCUGCAACAUCAGCCUUGGGGAGAGAUUCUAUGCGAAUUUCGGCCUGACUAUUUUGGACUGCGGACUAGUGACUAUCGGCGACAGGGUUAUGUUUGGUCCUAAUGUGUCGAUAUAUGCCGCGACACAUGAGACAGAUGUGCAAAGUCGAAGGGAUAACAUUGAGUAUGCGAAGCCGGUUGUUAUUGGGGAUGAUUGCUGGAUUGGAGGGCAGGUUGUUAUACUGCCUGGUGUGACGAUUGGCAAGGGUUGUACGAUUGCGGCGGGGGCGGUGGUGAGUCGUGAUAUUCCGGAUUGGAGUGUGGCGAUGGGGCAGCCUGCGAAGGUUGUUAAAACGGUUAAGCCUGUUGACUAG